AGACGAAAUGGUUCGUAAAGGAAUCAAGCCGAAUCUGACUACAUUCAGCAUCUCUCUCUCUGGGUUUUAUCGCGAGGAACGGUUUGAUGAUGUGAAGAAGGUUCUUUGGCUGAUGAAAAAGCAUGGCCGGCAUGCGGGGUUGUCGAUUUAUAACAUUAGGAUUCAGAGCUUGUGCAAGCUUGGGCGACCGGAUGAGGCCAAGGAGUUGUUGAGGGAUAUGAGAGUUAGGCGUCUGGAACCGAAUUGGGUGACUUACGAUCAUUUGGUGUUAGGUUAUUGUUGCAGAGGAAAUCUGGAGGAGGCAAAGAGGUUGUUUGAAGAAAUGGGGAGGAGAGGUUUGGUUCCGCAGAGCAGCUGCUAUUUUAGUUUGGUGCACUAUCUUUGUAAAGGUGGGGAUUUUAGUUCGGCUCUUGCGAUUUGCAGGGAGAGCAUGGAAAGGAACUGGGUGCCACGGUUCUCUACGAUGAAGGUGCUUGUCGAUGGGCUUGUGGGAGCUUCACAGGUCAAGGAGGCAAGGGAGAUUGUGGAAAUGGUAAAGGGAAAAUUCUCAUGGAAUGUCGAAUUGUGGAAUAAGAUUGAAGAUAGCUUGCCUAUGUAGAUUGUGGAACGUUGAGCACUUCCAGGUGUAAAAAUUUUGCGGAGAAAGAGAGAGGACUUGAAAAGAUGCAUUAGGAAAAGUUAAGGUUGGGGAAGCAGAAAUUCUUCUCCAAGGACAUCUUCUUGGAUGCUGACAAUGAUCACCGGGUUGGUCUCAAAGACGCUUGAUUGCCAGAAUCUCACUCAGGUGCUCCAUUGUUACAACCAGUUUCUUUAUUACCUGCAGUUUGAUCGGUCAAAAUCUCGGGAUCAGCUGAAAACCUUGCGGCCUCAAUCUGCAACUGCCACCACCAUUUUCUUCUUCGCAUACAGCUCCCAUUGAUGAUCUUUGCUGGCUGUUCACAUCUCCAGUUGUCGUUAUCUUCUUCUUGAUACCAAAUCUUUGAUGCCUAAGUUGUUUGUGCCCAAAUGCCUUUCUAGUAUUACUUAAGCAUUUCUUGGAAUUGAUAUGGCCUUCGUCCACCAUGGAAGACAACUAGCAUAUUUCCAGAGGGAAAAUUAGAAGCCAUAGAUUGGAGAUGGCAUUGGCAUUUUUGGUUGGUGAACAGAGCAUUUAAUGGAGAAUUUGACUCACAAUAGAACACAAUGAAGAAAAAGAAUUCAUGUAACUGACUCCAUGUAGUAGGACAAAGACCUAGUGUUGUUAAUGUUUUUGUUGAAGCGAACAUUCGAUAUUAUUUUAAACUGUCAAUUGCAUUUCAGAAUUUAUAUCAGGCAUCUUUGCC